AUGUGUGCUCUGACACAUCUCUUUGGCUACAAUCAUAUAUACAGCACUGCCUAUCAUCCACAAACGAAUGCAGUCACUGAACGUUUCAAUGCAUCAAUGAAGGUCCAAAUUUCUAAACUUGAAGAUAAACACCAUAACAACUGGGAUGACUACCUCGACCCUGUUAUCUUUGCAUACAAUACUUCAAAGCACAAGACUACACAAUUUUCACCCUUCGAACUACUCUUUGGUCGUUCGCCACAACUAUCAAUUGAUCCUCGUCCACAAUUCUACACCUUUGAUCGACCAAAUAUCUGCUUUGAAAAUCUCCAAAGAAUUCUACAAGUUUAUCAUCAACAAGCUAAGAACAACAUUAUAGUACAACAAAAGUAUAAUAAAGAACGUUAUGAUAAACAUCGACCUGAUCCUCAUUAUCAUAUUGGAGACCGCGUCUUCACAAAAAUCUUCACUGCACGCGGAAAAUUAGAUCCUCGUUAUUCUUCGGAACCAAACAUUAUUACCGAGAUCCGUCAUCCUACUUAUUCUGUUCUCAAUGAGUCUACCGGCGUUGUAAAACAAUUUCACGUCUCUGACAUACGUCCAAUUAUUCCAGCCUAUGAAUCUGAUCCUAACAUUUAA